AUGUCUCAUGAUGGAUUCUGUGACAGCAUGCAGGCAGGACACGCCGUACUGUCGGGUUGCUUCGCUUCAGCCGCUUCGCUUUCAGGUCUGGUGACCGAACAGCAAGGUAAUGGCUCCAUAUUCAUGACCAUCCCACGAAACAUCGUUAUCAGUAUCUAUAUCGGUUGCAAGAACAAAUGGGCAGCCUUAAAGACUUGGACGUGUUGUCAAGUCGAUGAGAAAUGGAUUCGGGGGUCGACUGCCACCAAAUCUCGCCGCCGGCCGGUUGGGACUGGUCCCCAGCUGGAAGGAUACCGUACCAAGACCUGGACCCAGACCAUGAACCCGGACCUGGACCUGGGCUCGAGGCUAAUACCGGAAGCGUGCGUUCCUGGUUGUAGGUCAGGUCGGAUCACUCCCGCGACGCGAUGA